UGGCUGUCAGCAGCAGCAGCGAGCCUCAGUGGACGUCCACAGCGUCGCUCUGGGAUUUUUUUUCACAGAACCACAUGAGACGCUUGAAACGUGCGUCUACCUGCUUACACUGAACCUCUGGAUAUUGCUGCCACUUGAAACCCAUCCGCACAUUGAAGUCUCGUGGUAUUUUUUUGCGCCUUUGAAGUGAGCUGCUGGGUAAUGAGCUGGAGGCUCAUCAACAAACUUUAAAGAAGACUUUCGGAACUUUUGGAAUAAUCUUGGAGAGUUCAUGUGAUAACUUACAAUCUACAGGAAGCGGACUAUUUCUCUGUGGGAACUUACAGAAUUGUCCUGAAACAUGUUCAGCAAGUGCUCCGUUGUGUUAUUGAAUGUCCUCUUCCUGGUACGGGCGCUCUCGGCGCACGAGUGCAUGCCGUGUAACCUCCGGACAUGUCCAGUCAAAGCGCCGCACAGCUGCGAGAGUGGCCGGACCUUGGCGAGGGAUCCGUGCGGCUGCUGUGACCAGUGUACCCGGCUGGAGUGGGAGACCUGCGGGGGACAGGAAUGGGCGCACGGCUACUGCUCGUUGGGGCUGACCUGCGCGUCUGUCAACAAGACAGGAGCAGCCAUAAUCCCAGAGAUUGGAGUGUGUAAAGUGCUGCCUGAUCACCCAGAGGCUGGUCUGGAGGAUGAGCGUUGUCCUUUGAUGACAGGCUGCGACCGAGCUGGAGGUCAGUGUGUGUGUGAUGCCCGUCACUCCUGCUUGGGCUCUUUUGCCUACCCAGACCAAGAAACCUGCAUGAAAGCUGGAAAAUCAGAGGGUCGCAGGCACGAGCAUCGGGACCGACACAGAGAGAAGUAUGUGGGACCAUCCAACCCGGCCUGCAUGUUCUCUGGUUGUAACCUGACCGCCGAGGGCUGCGUGUGUGAGUCUCAGAGCUGCCACCACCACUUCGCCUACAUCAACCGCAGCCAGUGCCAGGAAGCCGCAGAGGAGCUGAGGUGUGCUGGAGUGACAUGUCCUGCCCUGCAGGUGCCCUCCUGCCCAAAGGGUUCAGUCCUGACCAAGAGUUAUACCCCCCCUGCUGGUUGCUGCCCCUCCAUACCACCUCAGUGCACCUGUGACCUUCAUGCCUGCCACAAGCCCCAGUGCCCGAGUGGACAGCACACGGUGCCAGUGAGCCAGGCCAGCGGUCAGCCAGGAGACUGCUGUGAUGUCUUUGAGUGCCAGGAAGUCUCUCCCAAGUGUGUCCACAAUGGCAAGGAGUUUUCUGAGGGGGAGGUGUACCGCAUGGACCCCUGCUGGCUGUGUCAGUGCCGAGGAGGAAUCUCCUUCUGCUCCAAGGCAGAGUGCGCCAAACUGGACUGUGAAAACUUCUACAUUCCUGAGGGCGAGUGUUGCCCUGUCUGCAUAGAUGUCGAGUUAUUGUCCAUGGACAGCACUAAAGCUAGUUGCUGGGUGAAUAAUAAGCUGCGAGCACAUGAGGAGCAGUGGAAAGAGGACGACUGCACCUUCUGCCAAUGCGUAGAUGGGGAUCCUCACUGCACGGCGAUGGCCUGCAAACAGAGCUGCCAAAACCCUGUGAAGAUCCCUGGAGAGUGCUGUCCUUUCUGUGAAGAGCCUUCCUAUGAAACGGUCAGCCCCUUGCUUUGUCCUCCACUGGAAAACUGCUCCUUGUCAGGCACAGACUGCCCCUUUGGUUUCCUACAAGACAGAAAUGGAUGUCUGCUCUGCCAGUGUCUCAGUAAUGACUCCUGCCCCGACCUGGGAAAGUACUGCUCUCUUCAGUGUCCAAUGGGAUAUGAGAGGGAUGAUUUCGGCUGUGAGGUCUGUGAGUGCAGCAUCCCAGUGCCCAAGUGCCGACCUUUGACCUGCACUAAAACCUGUCCCUAUGGAUAUGUGAGGAACAAACACGGAUGUGAAAUGUGUCGGUGUGUCAAGUGCCCUCCCUUUACCUGUGACAAACACUGCAGUGACGGCUAUCAGCAGAACAAGAAGGGCUGCUCUAUCUGCAUGUGUAAAGAAAGUGGCCAUGACCCGAGCACUGCUGCCCCGGCUCCGAUGCCUGAUUAUUGCCUCACCUCCAAUGGGCACCGAUACGAGGAAGGUGAUGGCUGGCAUGACGGCUGCCGUGACUGCUACUGCCACUCUGGACGGGAGAUGUGUGUGCUCAUAACGUGCCCUGUGCCCAGCUGCUCUAAUCCCGUUGUGAAGCCGGAGCAGUGUUGUCCUACGUGUGAGGAUGAGGCGGGCAGUGGUCAGCCAGAGGGGAUGGAUAUGGUGGUGUGCAGAGCUCCUGGGGGCGAGUUUUAUGUGGAAGGGGAGACCUGGAACCUGGACGAGUGCACACGCUGCACCUGCAGGAAGGGACGUGUGCUCUGCGACACCGAAGUGUGUCCCCCUGCUCUGUGCCAGACGCCCAUCAGGAACAAGGACACCUGCUGCCAUGUAUGCCCAGAGGAGACGCUGAGCCCCUUGUUGCCGGUGAACAACAGUCAGCAGGAAUACUGCAUCACCAGUGACGGAGACGUGCUGCUCGCUGGAGACUCCUGGAAGGCCAACGCCUGCACCAGCUGCACCUGCAACAACGGCACCAUUCAGUGUUUCUCUCAGCGCUGUCCUGCUGCCAACUGCAGGGUGCCCGUCUUACGCAAGGGCCAAUGCUGCCCACACUGUCUCGAUAUAACAACUGCUGUGCCUGUUAUGGUGUCUACUAACGCUCCUAAGACCACGGCCACUGUGACAGUGGAGAGUGCUGUAUGGAUCACCACAGCCAGAGUUCCACCAAUCAUUGCUGAAACAGAUGAGCCACCUCUGGGUGAGAAUUACCCCAGCCAAACAGAGAUGGCCCUCAUCUAUCAAUCAGCCGCCUGGAUCUUAGCAGGUCUCCUCCUUGCUAUCAUCAUCUUCCUCAUCGUGGCUUUGCUCAUCAACAAGAAGAAGAAGUGGGUGCAGAUGUCGUGUUAUACUACACCAAAGAAGACGGUGAUCCUCAAGAAGCAUGUGAACAAGAACGCGGUCGUCUACAUGGAGCCGUCGAAGGAGAACAAGUUUCAGAACGUGAAGAACGACUGUGGCAUCAUCCACUUCUCGCCAGAAAUGAGCACUUCCUGUGUGGAUAAGAUGACCAUCCCCAGAGCCAAGCUGAGCAUGGGCAACGACUGGACACGCUGCUAAAAGACACAACACUCGAACCAUGUGGAUCAGAGCUGCCCGGCCCCUCUAUCUCUCUUUCACUGCUGUAUCCAAGGUGAUUCACGUUGGACGCCGCCUUAUUCCGUUUUUGUGUGACAGUUAAACUGAGGAUGCUCUCCAAGAGAUAAAAAAAAACUCCUCAUCUUUUCAUUUUUGUUCUUCUGUUUUUGGAUCUUUUGGGUGGAAUGAGACACUGGGAGGCGGACACGAGGGUGGACUUAUUUAGGACACAGCCACUCUGCUUUAAACACCAGAGGAGGCAGCCACAGAGGCUCCUCUGUUAAAAUCAGACUUUGACUGAGAACUUUGUAAAAUUAUUGCUCAUUAUUGCUUCCUUUGAAACUGGAACUCUUUGAGGCAGUAAGAGGAGCAUAAAAAAGCUUUAGGACAGGGGUUUGGGCUGCAGUUUUAAGGGGGUUUUAGAGGACACUGCCCCCUCUUUACUCAGCAGUGCUUCUUGGAUGUAAUCAUCUUCAUCAGCAGGGAGCCCAAAGGAGCCGAUAAUCCACUCGGAUAAAACUGGGUUCAGAAGCCAAAUCAUAACAAGGCUUUAUAUAGACCCCCGGAUCCAAACCCCUGCUUUAGAAUGUGUGCUUUCCAUCUUCCUUUUUGUAUAUUUCUACAGUGUUUGUACUUGUUGUAGUGUUGUUCUUGGCCCACUCUUGUGUUUUUUUAUGGGUUUCUCCAUUGGGCCAGAUUGAAAUAUUUUGAAGAUGCCAGUCUAAACAUUCCCCUCGAUUAAGUUCAGGAAGGACAAGCUUCCUCAAAUAAUAGCCUGCCUUCAGAUGACCCGAGUCAGUCCAUUCAGAAAAGUCAGACAGUAAACCGCAGUCCUAAGAAAGGAGAAAGCUGCUCUCUAUCCACAUUAUAGAAGCCAGUAGGUUUCAACUUUACUUUUUGUCUCAUCCAUAGAGAAUCAGUGGCACUUCAUCACUUUUAAGCUCCUGUUAGGGAACUUUUCUGGUUAUGAAACAGAAUUUAAAUCAUGGAAAUGAAAAAAAAACCUCUUUAAUGUCAAAAUGAAAACAGAUUUCUACAAAGUAAUAUUAAUAAAAAAUUUGGUAAAAUAAGUGA